AUGGCGUUCACUUUUCAAAGUGUGUUGAUCACAGGAGCCAGUCGAGGGAUAGGAUUAGGAUUUGUAGAGCGAUUGGCUGCAGCAUCGCACUCUCCGAAGCAUAUAUUUGCCACUUGCAGAUCUCCACAGGGUGACACUGCUAAGACUUUAAGAGAACUUGCAGCAACUCGAAAGAAUGUGACCAUAAUUAAGCUAGAUGCAUCAGAGAAGCAAUCUAUUGAAGAUUCUGUGGCCUCAGUCAGAGAGAAAUUAGGUGAUGAAAGACUAGAUCUAAUAAUCAAUAAUGCAGGAAUUGGAGCGCCUGGAAAAUUAUUACAAACCACCAAUGAAGACAUGAUUCGUGUUUAUCAUACUAACGUUAUUGGACCGCUCAAUGUCGUGCAGGCCUAUCAUUCCCUAAUAACCAAAGAAGGGAAAAGCAAGGGACUUGCAGCCAUCGUUAAUAUAUCGAGCGUGGUAGGAUCCUGUAAAGAGACAUUUGCUGGUGGACUCUACCCUUAUGCCCUUUCUAAAGCUGCAUUAAACAGAAUGACUACUGCAUUAAGUCACGAUUUGAUCGAUGAUAACGUCAUCGCCGUCAGCAUUCAUCCUGGACGUGUUAGAACUGAUCUUGGUUCCAGAAAGUCGCCACUUAGUGUGGAAGAGUCAACUACAGAAAUGAUGCAAGUUAUUAGGUCUUUAGACAAGAGUAAAAAUGGGACAUUUUACAAUUAUAAUGGAGAUGUUAUCGCUUGGUAA